GCCGGAACCUCGCGCGCCGGGGGCGGGGCGGUCGCGCGGGCGUUUCCCAUCGGGCCUUGCGGCGGCGCGGGCCGCGGGAAUGAGGUAAAGGCGGGCGGGGCGGCAGGAAGCGCGCGGGCAGCGACGGCGGCGAGCGCGGGCCCAUGGCGGACACUAAGGAGACACAUGAGGAGCAUGAUACUUCUACUGAAAACGCAGAUGAUUCCAACCAUGAUCCUCAGUUUGAGCCCAUAGUUUCCCUUCCUGAGCAGGAAAUAAAAACUCUGGAAGAGGAUGAGGAAGAACUUUUUAAGAUGCGAGCAAAGCUAUUCCGAUUCGCAUCUGAGAAUGACCUUCCAGAAUGGAAAGAACGAGGCACUGGUGAUGUAAAACUCCUGAAACACAAGGAGAAGGGAACAAUUCGCCUCCUCAUGAGAAGGGAUAAAACCCUAAAAAUCUGUGCAAACCAUUAUAUCACACCCUUAAUGGAGCUGAAGCCUAAUGCUGGGAGCGACAGGGCGUGGGUCUGGAACACACAUGCUGACUUUGCAGAUGAAAGCCCCAAGCCUGAACUUCUGGCAAUCCGGUUUUUAAAUGCAGAAAAUGCACAGAAAUUCAAGGCAAAAUUUGAAGAAUGCAGAAAUGAAGUAGACAAGAGAGCAAAGAAAGCAGGCACAGGCAAAAAUGAUAGUGCUGAUAAAGUUGCUGAAAAACUAGAAGAGCUUUCUGUAAAGGAAGAGAGCAAAGAAUCUGAGAAGAAAGAGACCAAGGAAAAAACUGAAGAAAAGCAAUAAAUCAUCCUGGGCCUUGCAGUUUUUCCUUUACUUUUUUUCUUUUUCUUUUUUUUUUUUUUUUUUUUUUAAUUUU